CGGAAGUCGCGACGUGGCCGCCCCGCCCCAGCCGAGCCGAGCCGAGCCGGAGGCUGAGGGAGGAUGGCGGCGGCGGCGGUGGCGGCGGCGCUGAGCUCGGAGCGACUCGAGGUCUCCAUAGACGGGCUGACCCUGAGCCCCGACUCCGAGGAGCGGCCCGGGGACGGGCAGCCGGAGCCCCAGGCCGUGAGCGCGGGGGGGUGGAGCCGGCCGGGCCCCGGGCUCCCGGAGGCGGCCGGCGGGGACGCGGAAGAGGCGGCGGCGGCGGCGCUGGGCCCGGAGCGGCGCUGGGGGUUCGGCCUGGAGGAGCUGUACGGCCUGGCACUGCGCUUCUUCAAAGAGAAAGAUGGCAAAGCCUUUCAUCCAACAUAUGAAGAAAAACUGAAACUUGUGGCACUACACAAGCAGGUUCUGUUGGGACCCUACAAUCCGGACACUUGCCCUGAAGUUGGAUUCUUUGAUGUGCUGGGAAAUGAUAGGAGGAAAGAAUGGGCAGCCCUUGGAAACAUGUCAAAACAGGAAGCCAUGGCAGAAUUUGUACAGCUCCUUAAUAGGUGUUGUCAUCUCUUUUCAACCUAUGUCACCUCCCAUAAAAUAGAGAGAGAAGAACAAGAAAAGAAAAGGAGGGAAGAGGAGGAACAGAGGCGUCGUGAAGAGGAAGAGCGAGAGCGUUUACAAAAGGAAGAAGAGAGACGUAGACGAGAGGAGGAAGAUAGACUGAGACGGGAAGAGGAGGAGAGGCGGCGAAUAGAGGAGGAGAGGCUCCGGAUGGAACAGCAGAAGCAACAAAUAAUGGCAGCAUUGAACUCCCAGACUGCUGUUCAGUUCCAGCAAUAUGCAGCCCAGCAGUAUCCGGGCAACUAUGAGCAGCAGCAGAUCCUAAUUCGCCAGCUUCAAGAACAGCACUAUCAACAGUACAUGCAGCAAUUGUAUCAAGUCCAGCUUGCACAGCAACAGGCAGCAUUACAAAACCAGCAGGAGGCAGCAGGGGCUUCUAUGACUACCAUGCCAAAGGUGAAUGCAGCUGCCCCAGGAGAGAGCCCAUCUCUUAAUGGACAGGCCAAUGCUCAUACAGACAUCCCUGAAAAAGAGCUGGAGCCAGAUGCUCUGGAAGAAGCACUAGAGAAUGGACCAAAAGAAUCUGUUCCAAUGAUAGCUGCUCCAUCCAUGUGGACACGACCCCAGAUAAAAGAUUUUAAAGAGAAGAUCCGACAGGAUGCAGACUCCGUGAUCACAGUAGGCCGAGGAGAAGUGGUUACAGUCAGAGUACCAACUCAUGAAGAGGGGUCGUAUCUCUUCUGGGAGUUUGCUACAGACAAUUAUGACAUUGGUUUUGGGGUAUAUUUUGAAUGGACAGACUCCCCUAACACUGCAGUCAGUGUGCAUGUCAGCGAAUCCAGUGAUGAUGAGGAUGAAGAUGAAGAAAACACUGAAGAGAAAGCCAAAAAGAAUGCCAGCAAGCCUCAGCUAGAUGAAAUAGUGCCUGUAUACAGACGAGACUGUCACGAAGAAGUGUAUGCUGGCAGCCACCAGUACCCAGGGAGAGGAGUUUAUCUCCUUAAAUUUGACAACUCCUACUCAUUAUGGAGAUCAAAAACAGUUUACUACAGAGUCUAUUAUACUAGAUAAAGAUGUUGAAGUGUCGGAGGCUGGGGCUGUGCAGAAGACAUCAUUUUAUUCGGAAUUUUCUUCAAACUUAAUGGAUCUUUUGAGUCUGUAUUUUACCCUGUCUGGUGUAUCUAUACGGUUUGUGUGUGAACUUUAACAUUAGAAGCUGGGAUUUUUCUGUUGCACAAUCGUAAUGAAGAUCACGUUGGGCUUAGCACAGGACCUCCCAGCCCUUAAUGGCAUCAAGAAGUUAGCCAAUGAAAUCACUGGCUGCCAGUGCUUAGACUAAAGUCACACUAACUGCAUAUACAAAACCUCCAAACUGUUACUUACUUACACACACACAAGCACGUAGUGUCUGAACAGUUGUUGGUAUGGUGUUGCCUGGUCUGUGUGCUUUGGGAAUUUAUGGUGAUUUUGUUAUGAGAUGGGGUCUCAUUCUUAAUGGGCAGAAUCGGUUACGAUUUGCAAUGUAGCAAGUCUCUCCCUUAAAACUGUAUUCGAAUGUCAGAUUUUUAGAUUAAAACUUGAACCAAAUUGAGACUCUUCUGUCAUCAUGCAAGAGAGAACUUAUUCCAGCUCUUAAAACAGUGUAGCGAAUAAAAGAUGAAUGGCAUUUGUUUUCAGUGGGGCUGCAUAGUCCAGAUCAAUACAACAGUACUGUAAAAAUGGAGCUGCUUGUCUGACUUCAAAAUUGGAAGAUAUAACCUGGAUAGCAAUUGAAAAUAUAUGUAACUAGUGACACAAAGCAGAAUCUUAGUGCCCCCUCCACCUACUGCUAGCCGUGGUGGGAUUCUGACACUGAACCAGGGGAUGAAUAAGUUCUUAUCUUGUUUGCUGAUUUGCUGUACGGGUAGACUUCAAAGUGAAAUCAUUUUUCUGCACAACUCUCAGCUCUUGCUUUUUUUUUUUUGUAAACCUAAAUCUGCACAUAGUGCAUUUAAACAAUUGUCUCAAUCAUUUUGGUGAAGUGUAGGGAUUAAUGUUGCACUAAUAUUAUGGAAAUCACUGCCAGGAACAACUCAUUUUAGCUUAAUCUGGGGGUACUUGUGUGCAAACCCUUCAUGCUUUAAUUCUAGUUUGUAAUUAUGUUUUUCAGGGAAAAGCAGAAUGUUCCUGCAGAUCCUUAAAUAUUUUAGCUUUAAUCUCCCAUGCCAUAUUUCAUAGAUAGUGUUGAAGCAUUUUCAUAGUUUGUGCUCUGAAAACAAAUGCAGAUGGCUAUCUGGUGCAUAUCUGUAGUAACAGUGCACUUUUCUAUGGAGCUUUGUUUUGAAGGGAUGAGAGGGGGUUCAGGUAUGGUAAAGGUGAACUGCACAUUCUGCGUGGGUAAUGCACUUGAUUACUGUUGCAUCUUUCUCAAAUCACUUAUUGCAGUAGGAUUUCCAUUGAUUAGUUGCAGCUUGUACAGUUCCAUAACAAAUAGAGAUGUUGGCAUUUGGGGGGGUUUUGUUUGAAUAUGUGAUUUGUAUGUACAUGAUUCACUUUCUUUUUCUCACACCAACUGUGGAGAAGAGGCUCCUAUAGAAUGCUUAACUUGUCUUGGCAUUUGGUUCAGCAACACACUACCAGCUUAUAGCUAGCUAGUGUUGCUCCAUCCAAAACACUUCUAAAAUGUUCUGCUCAUGUGUACAUACAGUAUAUAGGCCAUGAAGUUAGGAAGUACCUUGCUUUUUAAAAAAAUAACCCUGUAUUUAAAAAUGUAAAAAAUAAAGGCAGGCACUAAUAUUUCUUCCAGUUUUCAAUUUAGAUUUUGUCCAUACAAAAAAGUUUGACUUUUCUCUUUAAAAAAAUAUAUAUAUAUAUAAUUGUUCUUGGGAGCGGUGUAUGUCGCUUUAAAUGGCAUUUACUGUCGCGUGUUGGAUGUCAGAACUUUUCAGUUUCCGAACUUUUUUAUUGCCUCUGGCUGUUUAGUACAGUACAAGUGCGAUUUAAAAUACCUUGGAAUAAUAUAUUUAAUCUUAAUUAAAAUACAUUUAUCUGUAA